AGUAGGACCCCGUAUAACUUUUGUUUACGCAUUGUUUACAAAAAAGUCUAUAAUUAUUAUGCUGCUUUGAACCGGCCGAUCGCAGCUGCGCUUGUUUGAAGACAUAAUUUGAUAAGGAUGAGACAGUCAGGAUGAGUUUCCUCCUUCCCAAGCUGGCAAGUAAGAAGGAGAUAGAUCAAGUAAUUAAGACGACACAAGACUUGGUCCUUGUCCUUCGGUUUGGACGCAAUACCGAUCUAACAUGCCUUCAGCUCGAUGAAAUUCUUGCCAAGACUGCCCAUGAUCUGUCCAAGAUGGCUGCCAUCUACUGCGUUGACGCAGACAGUGUGCCAAUCUAUUUGCAAUACUUUGACAUCACACUUAUACCAGCAACUGUUUUCUUCUUCAAUGGACAACACAUGAAGGUGGACUAUGGGACUCCUGAUCACACAAAGUUUAUUGGGAGCUUUAAGACGAAGCAAGACUUCAUCGAUCUUGUCGAGGUCAUCUACCGUGGAGCUAUGAAGGGAAAGGUCAUGGUCACCUCCCCCAUUGAUCCCCAAAACAUCACACAGUACGAGUUGCUCUACCAGGACAUAUGAUCUACCGACCA